AUGGCCUCUGCCCAUCCCCCACAAGGAUUGCCUUCAGGGAUGGAUCCUUCUAUGAUGGAUGAGUACGCUUCCAGUCCAAGCUGUUGCAAGAAUUCGUCAAGAUACCCAGCAUUGGCAAGGCUUGGAUCCUCAGUUCCAAAGAUGUUCUUGUCCACUUCAAAUUGCUCGCAGGUGGGCAUGGACUGCGGCGCCAUCCAGCCCGGGGGCGCUUGCUUCGAGCCCAACAUGGUGAGCGCCCACGCCGCCUACGCCAUGAACCAGCUCUACCAGGCCGCCGGCAGCCACCCGUGGAAUUGCGACUUCCGGCAGUCCGCCACCCUCACCUCCACCAACCACAGAGCCUUUGGUGUAUACCUGGAGCCCUGGCAUGCUGAUAUUUUUGAGUUCCUUGAUCUGAGGAAGAACCAUGGCAAGGAGGAGAACCGUGCGAGGGAUCUUUUCUUUGCUCUCUGGGUUCCUAAUCUAUUCAUGCAAAGAGUACAAAAUAAUGAGGAUUGGUCCCUGUUUUGUCCUAAUGAAGCUCCGGGGUUGGCUGAUUGCUGGGGUGAGAAGUUUGAGGAAUUGUACAAGAAAUAUGAGAAAGCAGGCAAAGCGAAAAAGGUCAUUCCAGCACAGACCCUCUGGUUUGACAUUUUGAAGGCACAGAUAGAAACUGGCACACCGUAUAUGCUCUAUCUUAUUGUUAUGGGUUCAAGGCUACUUAAGGCAUGGGGUCAUUAACCAGCACACAAGGCAGCAUGACAGUAGCUCUCUUAAAAAUAGAUUAGUUAGGAUUGCAUCCC